AUGGGAAAACCUUCCUCCUUUGUCCUCCUCAUCAUCUUGCUUCUUUGCUUUACAGUCACCUUAGCUUCCAUUGAUACAAACAUCAAUACUGACAAAUUUGCACUUCUUACUCUUAAAUCCUUUAUCACCUCUGAUCCAUAUGAUUUCUUAGCUAAUUGGUCUGUCUCUUCUUCUCCAUGCAGUUGGGCUGGUAUCACAUGCGAUACUCAGCAUGAAAGGGUCCGUUCCGUGAAUCUUAGUGGCAUGAAACUUAAGGGCACCAUACCUCCACAACUAGGAAAUCUCUCACUCCUUGUUGAACUUGAUCUCAAUAAAAACAGCUUUCACGGUCAAAUCCCUCAAGACUUAGUUCGAUUACGUCAAUUGAGACUAUUCAACUUGAGUUAUAAUGACUUUCAUGGACAAGUUCCAACAUCGAUAGGAGAUUUAUCUAUGCUUGAGCAGUUAAGUUUUCGAAAUAACAGUCUCAAUGGAUUUAUUCCAUUAUCUCUGUUCAACCUAUCAAGGUUGGAGACUUUAGAUUGGAAUUCCAAUCUCAUUGAAGGUACCAUUCCGCCUGAGAUAGGAAGUCUAAAGCACUUGAAGAAGUUACAGCUUUCAAGCAACAAACUUUCAGGAGCAAUUCCUCAAACAGUUUCCAACUUGUCUUCGCUUGAGUUGCUUUGGUUGUCUUCUAAUAGUUUGUCAGGUUCAAUACCAUCUUCAUUAUUCAACAAUUCAGUGCUGCAAGACUUCCGACUUGCAAAAAAUAACUUAUCUGGAAGUCUCCCAACAAAUUUGUGUUUCGGGCUUCCGAAACUUGAAACAUUAUGUGUCCAGGAAAAUGAUUUGUCUGGGGAGAUACCCUCCAUUUGGCAUCAGUGCAAGGAAUUGGCAAAUUUGGAGUUGGCGGAUAACAAAUUCAAUCCAGGAACCAUUCCAAGUGAGAUUGGAAAUUUGACCAAACUUCAGUGGCUAUAUCUUCGCGGAAACAACUUGAAAGGUAAUUUGCCAGAAGAAAUGUGUCAUCAUCUCCCUUUACUUGAAGUCUUUGAUGUUGAUAAUAAUCAAUUAGAGGGAAGCAUUCCGAAAUCAAUAAGUAACUGCACAUCUUUGAAAAAAUUAUAUUUGGAUAUGAACUCAUUUUCAGGAAUCAUUCCAAGUGAGAUUGGAAAUUUGACAAACCUCCAACUUCUUGCUCUUACCGAGAACAUUUUGCAAGGUGAAAUUCAUUCAUUUCUUUGGAACAUGUCUUCUUUGAGAUCUAUUGGCCUUAGCCAAAAUCAUUUAAAGGGUAAUUUGCCAGAAGAAAUGUGUCAUCAUCUCCCCUUACUUGAACUCUUUGGUGUUGCUGAUAAUCAAUUAGAGGGAAGAAUUCCACAAUCAAUAAGCAACUGCACAUCUUUGAAAAAAUUGUAUUUGGAUAUGAACUCAUUUACAGGCAGGUGUACUGGAGCAUUUUCUUCUAAGAAGAGCUUCCUUGGUGGCCAAAGCUCCACUCACUACUCUCCACAUAAAAUGAGCUACUUUGGAGGAUCUUCAGGUUCCAUAAUUGAUUCUACAACUGUUUAGAUACCUUAGAGGUGCCUCCCGGAUCUCUCAAUCUUCUAUCACCUUCUCUGC